GAUGCUGCCAGGGUCUCUGAAGAGGGAAGACAUCAGGAAACAGGACAUUUCACAUGACAAUCUGGCUUCUUACUUCUCUUAAAACAGUGGGAGAUCAGGAAAUGUUGAGCCCACAUUUCCACUUGGCAAUAAUCGGCUGGAACUGAGAUAGUCAUCGCCUUUACACAAGGCUCCCGCCUAGACACAAUACCAUGCAUCUCCUCGGCCCCUCACUCCUGCUCCUAGAAUACUUGGCUUUCUCUGACUCAAACAAGUGGAACUUCAAGCACCCCGACACCCUCUACGCCUGGGAGGGAGCCUGCAUCUGGAUUCCCUGCAGCUACAAAAUCCCAGGGAGUAAAGAUUUAAUGGAGAACCUCACUGUGUACCACAAUUAUACGUAUGACGAAAAUAACAAGGACUAUACGGGGCCAAUCUUCUACCAGAAGACAAAGACGGGGGAGUCUCAUGUUCAGGAAAGGAUAAAAUUUCUGGGAAACCGCAACUCCGACUGCACCCUAUCUAUCCACCCUGUGCAAGCUCAAGACAGCGGUCAGCUGGGGCUGAGGAUGACAUCAGAAGAUGACAAAUGGAUGGAGAAAAUAGUCCUCAACGUCUCCAAGACGGCUCCUCCUCCCCGCAUUCAGCUCCCUCCAGAAAUCCAGGAGUCCGAGGAAGUCAGUGUGACCUGCUUGCUGAAUUUCUCCUGCCCUGGGUACGAGAUCAAAUUGAAUUGGUUCCUGGAUGGGUCACCUCAACAGACCUCUGUUACCUCAACUUCCCUGACCACCAUGGCUGUCUACACCCAGAGCAAGCUCACAUUCAAGCCACUGUGGGAAAACCAUGGCAAGAAUCUGACCUGCCAGCUCUGGAAUGACACAGCAGGGGGGCUACUCUCUCAGGAAACGGUGCAGCUGGAUGUGAAGCACACCCCAAAGUUGACAAUUGAGGUCAGUCCUGAAGAAGCCAUUGUAACAACGGGGGCUUCUGUGACCAUGACGUGCAAAAUCCUCAGCAGCAACCCAGAGGUCACGAAUAUACGCUGGCUCAAGGAUCGGACCCCGGUGAGAGAGCCGCGGAGAGAGCAGAAGACGCUCACGCUAACUCUGUCCCAAGUGACCAAGGAGAUGAGUGGAAACUACUACUGUGAGGCCCACAAUGAUAUAGGCUCAGGAAAGAAGCAAGUGACCCUCCAAGUACACUAUGCUCCGGAACCUUCUGAGGUUCAGAUCUCCCCCUCACCAGCUAAGGAGGGAGGUACAGUAGUGCUGACUUGUGUAUCACCGGCCAACCCUCCUCCAACAAAUUACACCUGGUUUCACAAUACGAUUAAAAUGACAAGCAAGACAAGCAAGGUCUUCCACAUCCCAAAGGUCCUCCUCAGUCAUGCUGGGAAUUAUUCCUGCUUGGCAGAAAACAGUGUUGGUCCUGGACUUGCUGGCAAGAAAGCUGAGUUGGACGUCCAAUGUGAGUAGUCACAGAGCCUCUGGGUUCUAG